UCUUGUCUCACAAGUCAAUCGAAUAGUUUAUUAUUACAACAAUUAUUUAUAUUCAAUUAGUUGACACUAAUAAUUAAUCGGCCGAGUAUGAAAUCGGUUAAGUGUUUUGUACCGUUUUUGGUACUGCUCCUGGCCAGUGGAUUGCAAGCAGGUAUUUUGCGAGACAUUGCCCAUAAACACAUUAACAAAGCGGCCAAUGUUUUGGACCCCUUAGGGCUGUUCCAUGGAAGAAAAGACAACGCUGGAGCUUCUGCUGAAGCUACCAGCCAGAGUCUGUCGAACAGUUUGAAUCUUGGCCCUCUUAGUAUUUCUACAGCUGUAAGCUCAGCUUCGGCGACAGCAAACGCAGGUUCAGGUGCAGGUAGUGCUUCUGCAAAAGCUGAUUCUAGCGCCAAUGUUUAUGGAAAUGGCAUAUCUUCUGCUCAAGCUAGCGCUAACGCUAACGCCGCCGGUGGAACAUUCGGCAAUGGAUUCAGUAAUACCAAUGUUCCUGUUUACAACGGGAAUUACCAGAAUGGAAACACUGGACACAAUGGAAACUAUGGUGGAAACAUGUGCCAAGGAAAUUCUGGGUACUACCCAAAUGGAAGUCCUGGAUGUGGGAAUGAUUACAGCAGUGCCGAUGCCUACGGUAAUGCCUAUGCCGAUAAUAGCGGACAUAGUGUAACUAAUACUGGUACUCACACUCUUGGAAAUGGUCUAGCUGAUGCUGGAGCCAACGCUCACGGAUCUGGACAUUAUGGAGCCAACAACGACUACAACGGCGGAUACCAAAAUGGGCAAACGGUUAAUACUGGAGUUUAUGGAGCUCCAAAGUAUACGAAAAAUCCGUUCUUUGGAAUUUCUGGCGCCAAUGCUAAUGGAAACGCUCAAUCUGGAACAAACGUAGGAACUUAUCCAACCAAUCAGCCUACAUAUAAUUAUGGAAAUAAUGGAGGUCACUAUGGAGGAAAUACUGGAGGUAAUUCACAGGCAAAUUCUCAAGCGACUGCUCAAGCUAAUGCUAACGCAAACUCUCAAUCUGGAACCAACGGAGGAACUUAUGCCAACAAUCCAACGACAGGAACUUAUGGAAACAAUGGUUACUAUGGAGGAAAUACUGUAGGUAAUUCACAGGAAAAUUCUCAAGCGACUGCUCAAGCUACUGCUAACGCAAAUACUCAAUCUGGAACCAACGGAGGAACUUAUCCCAACAAUCCAACCACGGGUACUUAUGGAAAUACUGGUUACUAUGGAGGAAAUACUGGAGCUAAGAAUCCAUUUUUAAACAAAAAACCAGUUGUUCAGAACAGCGCUCCUACCGGAACAAACUACAAUCAAGGAACAUACGGAACUGGACCAAAUUAUGGCAGUUCUGGAGGUUCAGGAAAUCCAUUUAUAAAUCAGCCAAACAUAGAAACUCAACCACCACACUAUGGAACCACUGGAACUUAUGGAGUUCCUAGUGGAACUCAAGGUGGAGCGAAUGCAAAUGCAGGAGCGAACGCCAAUGCUAAUUCAGGAGCUUCUGCUGGUUCAGGAAAUCCAUUUAUUAGUCAGCCAAACAUAGAAACUCAACCGCUACACUAUGGAACCACUGGAACUUACGGAGUUCCUAGCGGAACUCAAGGUGGAGCAAAUGCAAAUGCAGGAGCGAAUGCUAACGCUGAUUCAGGAGCUUCUGCUGGUUCAGGAAAUCCAUUUAUUAGUCAGCCAAACAUGGAAACUCAACCGCCACACUAUGGAACCACUGGAACUUACGGAGUUCCUAGCGGAACUCAAGGUGGAGCAAAUGCAAAUGCAGGAGCGAAUGCUAACGCUAAUUCAGGAGCUUCUGCUGGUUCAGGAAAUCCAUUUAUUAGUCAGCCAAGCAUGGAAACUCAACCGCCACACUAUGGAACCACUGGAACUUAUGGAGUUCCUAGCGGAACUCAAGGUGGAGCGAAUGCAAAUGCAGGAGCGAACGCUAAUGCUAAUUCAGGAGCCACUGCUGGUUCAGGAAAUCCAUUUAUUAGUCAGCCAAACAUAGAAACUCAACCACCACACUAUGGAACCUCUGGAACUUACGGUGUUCCUAGCGGAACUCAAGGUGGAGCGAAUGCAAAUGCAGGAGCAAACGCUAACGCUAAUUCAGGAGCUUCUGCUGGUUCAGGAAAUCCAUUCGUCAAUCAGCCAAUUAAAAAACCUCAGCCUUCUUAUUAUGGAACCUCUGGAACUCAAGGAACUAACUAUGAUUAUUCAGGAACUCACGGAGGCUCUACUGUCGAUAAUUCUGGUACCUACAAACCAGAACCUGAUUGUGAUUGUGGUCCAGAUGGAACACCAUUAAAUAGUGGAGCAAGUGCUACUGCAACUGCAAACGCUAAUUCAGGAGUUUCUACAGGUUCAAGCAAUCCAUUUGCAAGUCAGCCGACAUAUUACGGAGACCUUGGAAAUAACCAAGGAUCCAACAGCGGAUCUCAGGCUUCUGCUACUGCUACUGCAAAUGCUGAAUCUUCUGCGACGACUGAUAACCAAAACAACGUCGGGCCAUAUGACGAUGGAUUAUACCACCCUGAAAAGUAUGACCAUGUCAACUACGACAAUACUCAAGGAACAAAACAGGUAGCUGAUAACCAGAACAAUGCUGGGCCAUAUGAUGAUGGAUUAUACCAUCCUGAAAAGCAUGGAGGUGGCUACGUCCAGUCGAACGGCGAUUCAGGAAAUUACGGUGGCUUUAAUAACAAUCAGCUUCCAACUGUGACCGGAAACUCUGGUGCAAAUGCCCACGCCACUGCUGAGGCCUCUGCUACCGCUAAUGCAGGCUCUGGGGGAUCUUCAAAACCCCAUGGGUACCAACCUGGAACCGUAGACUCCUACGGAAAUCCAUUGCCAGGAACUUUGUAUAAUUCUGGUGGACAUUUUGACUCUGGUGCUCAUGCCAGUGCUAAUGCUAAUGCCGUAGCUUCUGCUGGAGCUAAUAGCGAUGCUAGUGCCAAAGCAACUGCCGAUGCAAGUGCAACUAGCAAUGCAUCUGCUUCUGCGGGUUCCAACGCCAACGCUUACGGUAACGGCCAAGCGACAGCCAAAGCAACUGCAUCCGCAUCUACUGGUCCAGGGUUUGGUUCGAAAAGUUCAGCUUCUGCCAACGCCAAGGCCAGUGCAGACACCACUAGAAUGCUUAUUUUUACUGACUAGAUUAGUAUUCAUAAAUAUUAAUUGAAACAAUUCAGGAAUUAUUGAUG